CGAAAAACCGUAAGGGUAAUCCUCGGUAAAUAGUAAAGCCGAAUUAAAGCAUCGCGGUUCUAAAAAAUUGAUUUUCAUGUACAUUUGAUAUGUACCAAUUGAAGCUCAUAAUUUGUGUCGGACCUGUCAUUCCCCUCCUCCUCCGCCGUCGCAGCCAGAACAGGGCUAAUUACUAAACACUGGAGAUGCGAUGAGCAUAGCACGGCCUGCACGAUGCCUGUUUUCUAGGCGGCUGGUUGCCGUCGCCAAACCGACAGCGGCACCAUCACAAUGUCACCCCUCCUUCCACACCUCGGCGCAGCUCGCCGGAAGACGAAAACCCCGAUUCAAGAGCAUACGCGCUGACGAGAUGGGACUGACCACCCCGGAAAAGAUUGAGGAGUACAGCAAAGAGACGUUUCCUAAAUACACGCCUGAAGAGUUGGAAGUUCUGAAGACGAGAUACACGCCCGAGCAAAUGGCCGCCCUCGAAGCUGGUGAGGCAGCUAUCGACCCCAAGGACCUAACAAUACAAGGUCGCCUACGAAGAGAUCCCUACAAGCUGCCAUACAUCGACGACUUCAGUCAGAUUCGCCCCGUCGUCGACAAGCGCCCCAGGACCGCCCCGCCACCCAACCCGAAUGCUAGGUUUAUGACAGAAGAGGAGGACAUGCAGGACCUAAGUCAGCGUCUUGAGAGGUUGAUACCGAAGGAUGUGAACUUUGACGAUUUGCCCGAAGAAAAUAUAAAGAAAAUAUUGGAGCAGCGCAUCGACUUCCCAAUGGAAGAGGCCAAGUACUUUCUCGAGCCGGAAACCCUGGUCAACACUAACGGCCCCUCCAACUCGGCAGUGGCCCCGGGGCUAGGCAAGAAGCUAGCAGGUGUUGCCGGCAGGUUCAAGGCACCCAUUGACCCAGCCGACGAUGGUCUGGACGACCUGGGCGUAUACCAGGAUCUAAAACGGCGGACGGGGUUGAGCGUGAGGAAUAUCAUAGAAAUCAACACCAAAAUCUUGGUUAUCCGAUUCGUCGACAACCAGACACGUCUAGGCAAGAUCCGUAGCGCAUGGGUUUUAGCGAUCGCCGGCAAUGGCAACGGACGACUCGGUAUUGGAGAAGCCAAGUCGGUGGAAAUGGCCGUGGCCAAGCAGAAGGCCCGGCUUCUGGCUGUCCAGAACAUGCAGCCUAUCCGUAGAUACGAGGAUAGGACCAUCUAUGGCAUGGUUCAGGCCAAGGUCGGCGCAACUAUCGUCCAGAUCGACGCCCGCCCACCUGGCUUUGGUCUGCGCGCAUCCCACCGACUCUUUGAGAUUUUCCGCGCCGUGGGCAUCCACGACAUCGCGGCCAAGAUGCCGAGGGCAAGAAACCCGAUGAACUCCGUCAAGGCUUGCGUCCAGGCCCUGGUGAGCCAGAAGGAUCCCAACGAGGUCGCGCUCGGCAGGGGCAAGAAGCUCGUGGAUGUAAGGAAGGUGUACUAUGGUGGGAAUGUGUAUUAAUCACAUCGCUGUACCAAUACAAAUAUCAAAAUAUAGACAAGAAGUCCUCUAC